AUGGCGCCACCAACCCAGAAGCCUAAAGGUGGCUCCUCGAAGUCAAAGAAGCCGAGUGCCAAAGCGAACCAGGCCGCCAAAGCCACCCUCAAAGGCGUCCACACCAACAAAGCCCGCAAAGUUCGCACAUCCACCACCUUCCACAGACCCAAGACGCUCGUUCUCUCCCGGUCCCCCAAAUACCCGCGCAAGUCCAUUCCCCAUGAGACGAGGCUCGACCACCACAAGGUUCUCGUCCACCCACUCAACACCGAGAGCGCGAUGAAGAAGAUCGAAGAGCACAACACCUUGGUAUUCAUCGUGGAUACCAAGGCCAACAAGCGCCAGAUCAAGGAAGCCCUGAAGAAGCUGUACGACGUCGAGACCGUCAAGAUCAACACUCUGAUCAGACCAGAUGGGACCAAGAAGGCAUUUGCGAGAUUAACGUCAGAUGUGGAUGCGCUUGACAUUGCCGCUACGAAGUUGUCGAUUGUGUAA